AUUGACAAUGAAAUCAAUGAAACCUACACUCACUCCUGCAAGUAUAAAUUAACACUUGUGAACUUCAGUGCAAAGUCAAUCAUGGCUACUUCACAGUGCAUGUUUAUACUUGUCUUGUUUACUUUGAUUGUCUCUUCGUAUGAAAAUUAUUGUGGCGAUACUUGUUCCCUUCAGGCUGACCCUGGACUUUGUGAGGCCUACAUGCCAAUGUGGUACUUCGACCUCAAGGAGAACAAGUGUAUUCAGUUCAUAUACGGUGGAUGUGGGGGGAAUGCAAACAGAUUUAAAACACCAGAAGAAUGUGCCAAACGUUGCCCUAGUAUUAAGCCAGAAUACCGAGCUAGUGACCCUAAGGCAUUAUUUCUGAAAAAAACAAUAAUCAUGGCCACUUCCAAAUCUAUGCUUCUGCUUCUCUUUGUUGUUUUGAGUUUCUCUUUGACCAAGCAGCAGCAUUGUGAUCUUUGCUCCCUUCAGGCUGAGAUUGGACCAUGUAGGGCAGCCAUACCAAAGUGGUACUUCGACAUCAAUCAGAACAAGUGUCUUCAGUUCACAUAUGGUGGUUGCAAGGGCAAUGAAAACCGAUUCGAAACAUUAGAUGAGUGUACUAAACAUUGCCCCGGUGAUAAACCAGAGCCAUAAUGGGCACAUCUCAAUAUAGUGUAAUGAACAAGUCGAAUCAAUUAAUGAAUAAACUGAAACUAACAAAUUA